GUGAGCCUUUCAUUUGGCUUCACUUGCAGAAGCGGUGUGUGUGUGUGUGUGUGUGUGUGUGCUGUCCAACAGUUUACUGAGAGCGGGAGAUUUCCAAACUUCAUUUCUGUGGAUCUGUAAAUGAAUUCUGCACCAGACAGACCGGGAGGUGACUUGUGAUGGCGCAGGACGUUACCAGUUUAAGCGGAGAAGACUGUUUUGAGGGGAAAUCGCCCUGUUGUUCAGACUCCGAAGCUUUGAGUCAAGGAGACAAAGAAUAUGAUGACAUCUUGGAGCUUAAUCAGUUUGAUGGACUGCCUUAUUCCUCCAGGUUUUACAAACUGCUGAGAGAAAGGCAAGAGCUGCCAGUGUGGAAAGCAAAGUGUGAAUUCAUGGACACUUUGGCCAAAGGACAGUUUGUCGUCGUCAGUGGCUCUGCCAGAACUGGAAGGAGCUCUCAAAUUCCUCAGUGGUGUGCUGAAUUCUGCCUGUCAGUCCAGUUCCAGCACGGUUUGGUGGUUUGUACGCAGAUUCACGCACAACAGGCGGUCGACCUCGCCUUAAGAGUGGCCGACGAGAUGGACGUCAACAUUGGUCAUGAAGUUGGCUACAGCAUCCCUUUGGAAACAUGCUGCACUAAUGACACAGUCCUCAGGUACUGCACAGAUGACGUGCUUCUGAGAGAGAUGAUGUCCGAUCCUCUGCUCGAGCGCUACGCUGUGGUGGUUGUGGAUCAGGCCCACCAGAGGACCGUAGCCACCGAUGUUCUCCAGGGUCUGCUGAAGGACGUGGCCCUGCAGAGGCCGGAUCUCCGUGUGGUCAUCCUCACAGCUGUUGAACCUGCACCCAAACAGCUGGCCCACUUCACUGGAUCUCCGCUGCCUGUGAUUCAUCUAGAGACUUUGGGUGCAGGAGAGGUGGUGUACAGCAGCACAGGAGACAGCUACUUCUGCUCUGCUCUCCGCCUCGUCUUGGAGAUCCACCACUCUGAAGAGAAAGGAGAUGUUAUUGUGUUUCUGGUGACGACGCAGGAGAUCGAUCUGGCCCAUGACAUCCUGUGUCAUGAGGGCCACAGUUUAGCACCUGAUCUGGGUGAGCUGCUGCCUGUUGCUGUGCAUCCUGGUCAGACUGGGAAUCUACCAGUGCUAGGGGAGGAGGAGGAAACAGGCCGGACGCGCAGAGUAUUCCUCACAUCCAGCCCCAACGAGGACUUCUUCUGGGCUCUUUCCUCAAUAAGCUUUGUUAUUGAUGCAGGGCUUGAGAAAAGAUAUGUCUACAACCCCAGAAUCAGAACAAACUCCGUCAUCAUUCAGCCAAUAAGCACAGGUCAAACUGAGAGUCGUAGACAGCUGGCAGGUCCAACAGGCAAGUGUUUUUGUCUGUACCCAAAGGACAGACAGCUUCCUGCUCAGAUUCGGCCACAUAUCAUGGAGUCCGACUUCACCUCCACGGUGCUCUUCCUGAAGAGGAUGGAGAUCGCUGGACUGGGUCACUGUGACUUCAUGGACAGGCCAGAUCCUGGAGGCCUAAUGCAGGCUUUGGAGGAACUCGACUACCUGGCAGCUCUGGAUAACGAUGGAAACCUGUCUGAGAUGGGCAUCAUCAUGUCUGAGUUCCCCUUGGAGCCACAGAUGGCCAAGACUGUGCUCGCCUCCUGUGAGUUUGACUGUGUCAGCGAGGUGCUCAUCAUCGCCGCCAUGCUAACAGCACCAACUUGCUUCAUGAUUCCUUCUGCGGAGCUAAAGCCAGAAGCAACUCAGUGCCACAUGAAGUUCCAGCACCCAGAAGGAGAUCACUUCACCCUUAUCAAUAUCUACAAGGCCUUUAAGCAGCAACAGCAGGAUCCAUACUGUAACGUGGAGAAGUGGUGUCAGGAUUUCUACCUGAACCACACUUCUCUGCUGACGGCCGACGCUCUUCGCACGGAGCUCAGCGACACCCUGAAGAGGAUCGAGCUGCCCAUCUCAGUGGCUGCCUUUGGAUCCCGGAGCAACACCAUCCACAUUAAGAGAGCCCUUCUAGCAGGUUUCUUCAUGCAGGUGGCUCGGGAUGUGGAUGGAUCCGGAAACUACUUCAUUCUGACCCACAAGCAUGUAGCUCAGAUCCAUCCUCUGUCUGGCUAUGGAGCCAAGAGCCCCAAGCUGGGCCUGCCAGAGUGGGUGCUGUUCCAUGAGCACUCCUUCUCUGAGGACAACUGCCUCCGAACUGCAACCCACAUAACACCAGAGGAGUUCAUUCAGAUGGCGCCGCAGUAUUUUUUCUACAAUUUACCAUCCAGUGAGAGCAAAGACAUCCUCCAGAACAUUUUGAAUCAUGGAGCUUCUCAGUACCAAGAAGAGAAACCCACGACGUCCCAAGAUGAACCCGAGGAGGACCAGACUUCUGAGCGCUGUGUUAUACAAUAACAGACCCACUGUUCCCAGUGGUGAUGAUGGACUAAUCAGUAGGAAUCAUUGCACUGUAGCACAUUGGAUGAUUGCAAAACUGAUCGUAGGAUUUCAUUAGAUUUUUACGAGUUACUUCCUUUCAUCUGUGCCUCUCAUCCUUCCAUUUUAUCACACAAUCAUCUUCUGUAUUUAUAAGUGCACUAAUAUAUGAAAUUUCUAAAGCUCAUUUUCACUACCUGAUUACUUUAUGUUUGUAUUUAAUCCUCCUGUUCAAAAAUGUUUCAGAUUUUAAAAUGUCAUUUUUUCCUAUUCAUCCCCAGUGAGGUUUAUAAUUUAGAUUUACAGUCCCGGCUGAAUCUUUUUAAUGAUUCCACAGCCUCACAUCCUGUCUCUCAUUUUUAUGACUUACCCUCAGUUACUGUCCAACAGUCAGUCACCCACAGCACUGAGGGUCCAGGCUGAUUAAUGAGGUGCAGGGACAGUUUGGACAUGCCUGCAGCUCCAUCUGCUGUGGAUACAGUUCAGUAACAGCGGGGUGACCCAGUUCACUGACACCGCUUUGAAAACAUCAUGUCCCCACUUCAGUGACCCACUGCCAGAACCCACAGGGCUCAGUGUCGCCUACCCACUUUAAAAAUCUUCCACUCUGAAUUGUGUCAAACAUCGGUCCAGAAUGUUAGAUCAUACUGUGUGUUUGUAUCUAAAGACUUGAUGAAAAUACCUUCACUUCAAUGGGGCUGAUCAGACGCGUCCUAUUAGCGAAAGAGCACGUUAGCCUUUUAUGAGACAAACAAUCAAAGAUACAGAGUGUAAAAUUUAAAAAGCUUUUAUUCUCAUCUCACAGCAAUCCAUGCUGAUAUAAAGUCACAUUUAUACGUACAGCACUGUGGACAAACUAGCCUCUUGAGUUUGCAUUGAAUGUUGCUGAACUAUUGCACACCGUUGCUGUGGAAAGCAAAUAACGCGUUUGAACUUAUUGUAGCCUCUCGGCCGUCACUUCACUCCAUUUUAUUCACAGCAUUGUUGAUGUUAUUGAAUAUCAAAAACACCAAUCAGUCAUAUUUAAAUUAAUCCGUCCCUGUGCUAAAUGAUUUGUGUCUUUUUCAGCCCCUAUGUGCAGAAUUUUUUAUCAAGACAUUUGUGUAAAAAUGAGACAAACCAGGUGACGUUUGGUACAGUCAGAAAUAAAUCCUACACAUAGGAGCUUUACAUAAGACCCAUAGCUGCUUUAGCAAUAAUAAAAUUAAAUACUGUCUUCUUGAAUUUACAACUCCUCACAAAAAUGUACAAUUGAAAAAAUGUGAUGCAAAUGUUAUAAAAAAGAUGAAAUCAUUUUAAAGGCGCAGGAGGUGAAAUUAGCUUUGAAACAGUAAUUCAGAGUAGGACAGUGUUGCCUGAGCAUGUGAUUGUUAUUAUCUAUGACGAUGAAUCAUUUGUGUCACAGCAUCUGUAAAGUCUUCCGAGUCUUCCUCAAAAUGUAGUCUGGAAGUGAUUCAAAGUCUUCUCCUUAUGAUGAUUUUUGUGUACCUGUGUCGUCACUUUCUGUUUCUGGGGUGAGCUGCUGCAGGAGUUCGAUGUAAACCUUGACACGGCUGAGCAGAGGUACAUUUUUCUCAGCACGGAGGAGUUUUGAGUACACAUUCUUGUAGGUUUUCAACAGCUCCUCAUCUUUAUUGCUGUAAGAAACAAAAAAUUAGUCAGUCUGGAGUGAGAAUUGCCAAAGUUAAAAGGAUAUUAGAUACACAAGUGUAGCCUAAUUCCACUUCCAUGGUGUGUUGCCCUUAAGGCACAAUUAUCGAUGUACUUUUAUUUUGAAAAAGCCUUCAUUUUAAAGUUCUCUGCUGACCAUUGUUGCUUCCUGUUCGCUAUUUUGAUGUUUACCUUUACACACGUCUGUGCUGUUCUGGAUGCACGGCUCUCUACUGUGUAAACGCCACAGAGGGAAUGUCGUAAGUAAUUAGCUUCCUUUUUGGACUGACUGGUUAAAGAUAAAAGGAUUUAUUUACAUGCA